AUGCCGCCGCACCUUUCUUCCCUUCGCACUCAGAUGUUGCCUGCUGAAAUCAUCUUCGACGUCGUCCGCGAAGCCUGGUUGACCAUCGUCAAUGGUGACUGGGCCCUCCGUUGGGACUUCUACAACUCAAUCUCCAUGGUCUCCCACUCAUUCAACGGUGCUAUGCAGAACGCCGCACUGCGAAUCGUCGCGAUACGCACCCCGGAGGAUUUCAAAGCCUACAGGUGUCUCGUCAAGCGUCGCUGGGGCCUCGACCCGGAUUACGAAGGCGACAACGAGCGCGUCCACCCGGACGCCACAGGGUUCUUCGUUCGUUCCGAGCUGCACAUCGUCCUCGCGGACUGGAUAUGCCCCGGCUCCGGCUUCCAGUACCGAACGGACUACGUGCGGAUCGCUCGCUACAUCCCGGCCUGCAAGUCCUUACACGUGCUCGUCAAAGAGCUGCCGUCGAACGAUCAGUACACGCUCCCCUACCAGCCGCUGUUCCACUUCCUGUCACAAUACCCGGACACGCGCCGCAUGUCCCUCCGCUGGACGUACACGCACAGCAAUCGCUACAUCCUCCCGAAGUUUUCUGUAGAAGGGGUGACGUACUUGCGCGUGCGCGAGUUUCCUCGGUGCAUAUGCCAUAACCACCGUCCGUCGCCUCCACCCGGGAAGCGGCACUACGACGACUGCUUCUCGUAUUACCUCAUGACGCUCUUCCCAAACCUGUCUCACCUGCACAUCGACACGCCUUACUUCCUGAAGAACCUCACUACGCCGCCGAACGUCACGCUUGUCACCAUCGAGGUGCCACCCGUCCACUACAGCACGUCGCACGGACAGUUCAGCUCCCUGUCCGCGUGGAACAUCGUCUCCGCGCUGACGCUCGGUUUCUUCAAGACACGCGUCGAUCCUGAGGAGGAGAACCCGCCACCGCCGCGGCGGAGGAAGAUCAUUGUCAAUACAGGCCCGCAAGAGCCCCAAGGGUGGGCUGUGGCUGUGGCUGCCUGCAAGGCACACAACGUCGAGCUCGAGCUCCGUAGGGUGUAUAAUAACCCAGUACGCGAUAAAUGA